AUGAUCUUCCAAAUAAUGAAGCAGAGUAGAGGGAAAUCGUGCUGGCGGUUUUUGGGAAUUUUGUUAUUUAGCAUCGCGGCGCUCGAAACAGUCUGGGCAGCGCCCGUGCCUGAACCUGGAAUGGUUUAUUCCGAUCCUUUUCCUGACGAUACAGAAAAUUAUGUAUGGCUACAAAAGUUGAAACAAAUCCACGACAUAAAACUCGAAAUAUCUGAAGACGAACGUGAACUGUCAGAUGCUCAGCUGGAAAUUCAGGCGAUGCUGGAAGCCAACGCCCGAAAUCAGCGAGUACCUCAUUACCCGAUACCGCCGGAAUUUUUGAGCGAAGACCCUGAAGCUCUGCCGGUUCCCGAACCGCGAGUGAACCCAGGACCAACGCACUCGGGCAAAAGGACCAGCUAUAUGGCUCUAUGUCAUUUCAAGAUCUGCAACAUGGGACGCAAGCGACAAUUGCCCGAGAAGAAAUGA